AUGCUGCGGAAGGCCUAUGAUGUCAUCUGGCAUCGAGAGAAGACGCCUGCCCCAGCGCCGGCGCCGCCACAACCGCCACCUCCGCCGGAUCGGGAAGUGCGAGAGCCACAGCCGCGCGGACGGUCGAGGAGGCGUCAUGACGAACAUGAUGCGCCAGCUGAAGCGUCGGAUACUGAGGCGAUGCAACGAAAGGCAGAUGAGUUGAAAGGCGAAGGCAAUCAGCUCUACCGAAACGCCCAAGCAGCAAUGGCAACCGUGCGCUCUUCCGAAGCAGCCGACAGCCUUGAGGUUCGAAUGACCGCGAUGCAACAGUAUCGACUUGCCAUCCGCAAAUACAGCGAUGCGAUUCAGCUGACGCCCCAGAACCAUCGACUUUGGAGCAAUCGCGCCCUAUGCCAUGCAGCCUUGAAACAAUGGGACCAGUGUCGAGAGGAUUCAAUGCUCCACUUUUUCCUCAUUCGUCCUGUCGUGGCCAGGUGUGUAGUGGUCUACUGCCCAAGCGAGUUUGAUGGUGGUGCGGGCGCCGAAGAAUGUUUGCCUUUGUGCCUCUCGGCCAAGCGGCGUUGGAAUGGGGGUCUUGAAGUCUUACCCCUUGGCAUUGCGGUCUUUGCCAUCGACUUAACUCCCACCAAGCAGAGUCUCUGUCGCCUGGAAGACGUAGAAUGUGCCGUGGCCGCGUUGCGCGAUGGUAGCCUCCCAGGUUUGGCCAACACAUCGCACUGCCUGGUGGCCCUCUGGGGCCGCUCCACUGGCGCGGUGGCAGCCCUGCAAUACGCCGCCCAGGAUCCCUCCGUGGCUGCCCUGGUGAUGGAUUCCGCCUACAGUGAUUUGACCAACUUGGCUCCGAUGGCACCCCUCUUUUCGCCGGUCUCCAACUUUUGUCAGCUGCUCGGAAAUACCAGUUUUGUCCAACCUCUGGAAGUGGCCAAGUCUUGUUUUGUCCCUGGCUUCAUUUUACAUGCUGCCGAAGAUCGGAUGGUUCCCAGUGACUGCGCCAGAGACUUGCGCAGCAACUAUGCUGGCGAGGCUCAAGUGCUGCUGAUGCCCAAGUGUUCCCAUGACUCGCAUCGACCUGGCUGGGCCCUGGCACGUGCCAGCCUGUUUCUGGCCAGGGCUUUCAAGUUGGAAAACUCGGCCGUGGCGAAGCUGGAUUUGUACCUCACUAAGGUGGUGAGCUCUGAGGAGAACCUGGACAAACAGCUGGAAAGACAGGCUGAAGAUUUAUUGAAAUCCAAUGAACCUCAGCUGAGGCUUCACGGAUUGUUGCUGAAAGCUGCAAAUGCUUGUGGUCACAGAGUUGGGUUCCAUCGGAGCCUGGCGAAAGGUCAGAAAAGUCGUGGCCGAAAUGGAGUUCUCGGUGUUCACUAUGCCGUUCUCAUUCAGCUUCCACGCUUUGAACACGAAGUUUGCAUUGCCUGGGCUUCGGAAUCAACGGAGUGCAGAGGCAUGGUUCAUUUCCUGACCAUCUCCUGUACAUCUUUGAGUAUCUCUAGGGCGGUGAUAAGACGGGACGAGAAUCUUCAUCGAGUUGCAGUUCAGGAUUUGAUGGUGAAGGAUUUGAAAUUGCUUCCCAGAGAGAAAGCACACUGCCUAAUGUUGACCCUCAGCGAUUUUGGUCGCAUCGACGUGAAGAUUGGCAACGCUCAAGCCUUGCAAUUCCCUGGCACCAAGGACUGCGGUGCAUUGGAAAGCGCAGCACUUUGGACGGCUGCAAUGGGCGAUUCCCGACUGCCCCAAGUUAAGGAUGAGUUGCUUCCUGCCAAGCUUAUACCAGUUGCUGAUCCCUGUGGUGAUCCCAUCGUCGCCCCGAAAGCCCACGCGAAAGCCCAAGCCUUGGAGGAGGCCAGCCUUUUUUCCCUUGACAGCCUUCCAGCGUCCGCAGCGGAGCUUGCCAUGCAAAUGCAGCAAAAAGCGCCGAAUCCUGUUGUUACUUUGCAAGACAAGGAAGAUACAUCAAUGGUGAAAAAGAAGCGAUAUUCAAGUGAAAUGUCGAAUGUGGCGCCCUCGGAGUUGACAGCAGGCACCUUUUUGUCGAAGGCAAACGAUAGCCUGGCGCUGUCCCUGCCCACGGUCAGUGAUGAGGAGAUUGAGGAAAGCCUGACAUCAUCGAAUUCCACUGAGCUGGUGCGAAGUCAUACAUGGCCAGACAUGAAGGCAGCCGAUCCGGUCAGAGCCGCAGCUGGAAGAAGUAGGCGACGGGGGAGUCGAGAGCGGGGAGUCGAGAGCGAGUCGAGAGCGAGUCGAGAGCGAGUCUCGGUGAACGGCACCGUGUCUUUUCCAACGCCGGAGCUCCAACGCUAUGAAUCUCCGUGGUCGAAGACAUUCCUGGGCUGUGGCCGAUCGGGACCUGCUACCGGCCGUUUUUUUGAAUCGCCCGUCACGGGAGGCCAGCGGAAGUUUCUGAAGCUCCUGGAUGGGCUCCGAUCUACCCAACUGAAAUCUGACUUCAGCAAGGGCUGGUUCUUGGUGGCGAAGGCCAUGUGGAAGGAAGGCUCCAGGUCGGCGGCUCUCAAGCAGAUCGAGGUUGCCUUGCGCUUAGUCUCUCAGCCCGAAGACUUGCUGGCACUGAAGGACAACAUCCUAAGAGAAGUUGAAGAGAAAGCAACAUCUCGAAGCAGCUCGAAGACACCAGGUUUGCAUUUGCCCCAAAUGCGAAGUCGCAGUGUCUCUCCUUGCAUCACCCCAACACCGGGCUCACGAGUGGCGACACCACCACCUGUGUCGCCUGUGAGGACGCCCUCGCGCACAUCCCAAGCCGCGGCCGAGCCAAGCUCCGGGCGCGCGCCCUCCACCUCUUCGAGGAAGCGCUCCACGAGCCGCACGGGGAAGUUGCCAGCGAUGCCUGCGCAUGUGGCAAGGGCCUUUGCGGUUUUCGGAGAGGAGGACUGA